UCUGUUCCCAUGCCAGAUCCUAAAAAAAUUGGUAAAUAUAUUUCUUAUUUCAUUCCGUUUUUUCCUUGUUCUUAAGAACAUUGACUCAAACGCUAAAAUGCAUGCGCUUUGCUACAAUUCCCCUUUUAAAAAAAUAUAUUUUAACUUCUGACUUCAGAAAUAGUUUCCAGUCAGGAAAAACGUGAUUGUGAUAUGGCAAAAACACACGUAGCCGGUCUGCCUUGAACAAACAAAGUGCAUUGGGAGUUCCGUUGAAAUUUCAAUCCCAUCAUUUAAUAACAUUUAGUUUCGAGUACCAUUGGGUUAGGGAGUCAAAGUAACACACAAUAGCAUUAAUCUGAAAAGGGCUCACCCCUAAAUAAUACUACAAAAUACGACAGCCAAACUUCAAGCUCGUCUCGACGAAAAGCAUUUCAACCAGUCAGAAGUUUUGAAACACUUCUCAUGCGAUUGAAUAGAAAAAUGUCUCCAGAUCUUCAACUGGCAGUGUGUCCUUCUGGAGGAAUAAAACAUCCAAUUUUUUUUUGAUGACCCCUAACGACUACGUUUCGAUAUUUUAAAAUUGGCCUUUUGGAGUUGGUCCUUUACGUGUAAAAAGUUGAGAGAAACGGCAAAUUGCGCAAUGACAUCAUCACGCAACGGCAACGUCAUUUAGCAACUUUUAGCAACAAAUAGCCCGUUUUCAAUGACCCGACCAUCACAAACCAUUCCGUAUGUAGAUGUUGUUCAAUGAAUACCUGCGUGCGGGCAGAUUUUUCUUGCGCAGCUCUUUUCCGGGCAGGGAUGGAUCGUCGCUGAUUUCCAAGAUGAAACCCCACUCAGUGCACUGGCCUCACUUUGCGUACUCUUUGAAAUGUGACAUCAAAAAGCGGUGUGAUUUACGUCACCGUAACGAAAGAGGAUGCAGGACCCGCGUCCCGUUCACACGCGGUUGAAGCGACCUGAGAGAACUCCGCCAUGAGCCAACAAGCUGCUGCUUUGCAGAAUUACAAUAACGAGCUCGUCAAUUGUAUCGAGGACCUCUGCUCCAAGCGGGAAGAGUUAAACCGGCAGAUCAAGCUGGAGGAAGAGGAGAAGGAACGACUGCAGCAUGACAUCCGCGUCUUCUCCGGAAAGCUGAGUAAAGUCAAUGAAAGCCUGGCACAAAGAAUGGCCGCACGCGCCACUUUCGACCGCACCAUUGCCGAGACCGAGGCUGCAUACACUAAGAUCUUAGAGAGCUCCCAAUCUCUGCUGAGCGUCCUGAAGCAUGAGGCCGGAAACCUCAGUAAAGCCUCAGAACCUCGCAAGAAAGAACACUAAUGCAGGGAAGGGGGAUCUUAAACUCAUUCACUCCCACAGACGUUUUUAAACGUCUUUUCAGACUUGGUCUAGAAUUGGCUGGU